UCAGUAGAGAAAGCAGCUUUGCACUGUUUUAAAAUUCUUCAAUACGAUUAGUUCUUGCUUUUGAUUCCUUAUAGAUCUAAACGUAUAAACCAAUCAUAUUGUGGAAUUUUACAACAGUUGCAAAGCUGCUUUCUCUGCUGAACGCAACCAUUUAAAUCUUAUCGCGGAAGAGAAUCCCGAUUGAAUCUGCCAACUGUCUCUCGUUACAAUAUAAAUAUGAUCAAAAAUAUAAUCACAGAAGCUCUGACAGGAUGGUCAAUUUUGACCAUUUUUCUAUACUUCUGCUUAUUGGCAGUCCUCUUGGCGUUGCUAGAACAACGAGCAAAGUUUUUAUAUGCCUUGAGGAACGUGCCAUAUCCCACAGCGUUGCCGAUUGUCGGUAACGCUUAUCAACUCAACUGCACACAAGAAGAAUUCUUUCAGCAGUUGAUAAAAUGGGCUUACAAAUUUGGCGACAUUUAUCUGAUCUGGGUUGGCCUACGACCUUUCAUCUUUCUGUAUCGAGUAGAAGCGGUGCAACCUCUACUCAGCAGCAGCGUACACAUCGACAAAAGUUUAGAGUAUGAAUACUUGAAGCCUUGGUUAGGUACGGGCCUGGUGACCAGUAAUGGUGAGAAAUGGCAAUUUCGCAGGAAGCUGUUGACGCCGACCUUCCACAGCGGCCUCCAGGAUACAUAUUUGAAAACUGUGAAAGAAGAAACAAACAUCCUAAUUUCCUGCCUUGAAAAAGAAGUGGACAAAUGGUUCGACAUUGUUCCUUAUGCGAAACGCGCCGCUCUUGAUAUUAUAUGCGAUACUGCAAUGGGUUACAAACUUAAUUCACAAAAGAACUGCAAAGUCGAUUACGUCGAGGCUGUAGAUAAAAUUGCAUCUAUUGUGCAGAUGCGCUUCACAAAUGUAUGGUUAUCAUUAGAUUCAAUUUUCAAGUUAACUAAGACGGGUAAAGAACACGACCGUUCAAUUCAAAUCAUACAGGACUUUGUCAACAAGGUAAUCGUAAAAAGAAAAGCCGAAUGGAAACUCAACAGCGAUAACAACUCCAACAAAUCAUCGAAGAAGAGACAGGCCCUGCUGGAUUUAUUAUUGCAAAUAUCACAAAAUGGCACUGUCCUUUCGGACGAAGACAUUUGUGAAGAAGUAAAUACUUUUAUGUAUGCUGGACACGAUACAUUGGCCACCACCAUAUCAUGGACACUUUAUGCGCUAGGACGACACCCUGAAUAUCAGGAAAAAAUUUUAGAGGAAUACAAUGUGCUGGACACGGAUGAAAUUACAUUGGAGAAUAUACAAAAAUUAACAUGGUUGGAAGCCUGCAUUAAGGAACAGUGGAGAUUAUAUCCUGUGACCCCGCUUAUAGCAAGGCAAAUUUACAAACCAAUUGAAAUAAUGGGCAAUCAAAUUCCACCUGGUUCGACAGUUCUCAUCAACUCCUAUUUACUACAUCGUGACGAUCGUUAUUUCCCAGAGCCGCACAUUUAUCGUCCGGAGCGAUUCUUGCCCGGUAGUCCCAAAUUACCUCCUUACGCUUUUAUACCCUUUAGCGCUGGCUCGCGCAAUUGCAUCGGCUGGAAAUUUGCCACAUUAGUAGUUAAAGUAGCCAUCUUAUCACUGCUGAAAGCAUUCCGUGUGGAAGCUCUCGAUAAAGAGGACCAAUUGCGUUUUAUAUCCGAAUUAGUGUUGGUCAACGCAAACGGACUUCGUCUUAAAAUCACACCGCGUUAACAUUCUUCUUUUUCUAUGUCCUAAAAUGGAUUUCUGACUACGAUUCAGCAAACAGGAUCAAGGGAAGUUUUACAACUGUU